AUGGACUACCCUGUGUUUUUCACCUCGGACUUGACUUCGGCAGAACGCAAGAUUUCGCCCGGGUGGACUCUAGCGUACCUCAAGAAAAGGCUCGAGCCAACCACGGGCAUCAGUGCUGCUUUCCAGCUGCUUCAAUAUUACCCGGAUUCUAACAGUAAUAAGUUCACUAUUUUGACUUGUGCCAAUGAGGAGGACACGCUCCUCGAGCAAUUUGCAAUCGUGCCCUACAGCAGAAUCCACGUUGAAGAUACAGACCCAGACUCCAAGCUCUCACAGCUCUUUGAUGAGACGUCCGAACCCGGGUUCCAGCUUUCGGAAGAAGAAUAUGCACGUCGCAAAGACUCUGUGCUCCAGUGGAAGAAAGAUCAGCAAUUGGGAAGGUAUGACCCUCUGUUUGAGCAAGCACAACAGGCUGUGCAUCUCGGUGAUCGUUGUCGUGUGAUAAACAUUGAGGGUGAACGUAGAGGCGAGGUAAAGUUUGUUGGCAAAAUCAGCGUUUUGGAUGACGGCAAGUCUCCUUGGAUAGGCAUAGAAUUCGACGAACCCGCGGGUAAAAACGACGGUCUGAUCGGCGAUCAAAGAUUUUUCCAGGCAAAGCCAGGACACGGCAGUUUUGUGCGUCCUAACAAAGUAGAAGUGGGUGAUUUCCCUGAAUUGGACCCAUUUGAGAGUGACGAGGAAGAGCUUUGA